AUUAAAUAAUAAAAUCGUAUAUCCCUUCGCCUAUUUUUAUUUUCAAUUGUACGUUUAUUACGUUCAUUUAUUUUCCUCGAUGAAUUUUAUUAGUCUGUAAUAUUUACAUCUAUAAUUUUAUAUACAUCCUAUGUAUCUUACUCUUCACCGUGACUGAAGCUAGUCCAAAUCGGGAAACACACGGUAAAAGAGGAUAUGGUAGAUGUAAAUUAUCCAGUUACGUUAUAUUGGAUAGAUAGAUUACGCUCUCACUUUUUUUUUCACAAAAGGAAUACGAUUAUAUCAAAAUUUCACAUUUGUGAUAAAGAAGUCGAAAACGUUAAUAUUCCUAGACGAAUUUUGACUUUUUGCUUUUUAUUAUUAUUAUUAUUAUUAUUAUUAUUAUUAUUAUUAUUAUUAUUAUUAUUAUUAUUAUUAUUAUUAUUAUUAUUAUUAUUAAUUAUUAAUAUUAUUACUAUUAUUACCGAUUCAGGGUGCUUCCACAACCGUAAAAUUAAAUAGACUAAUUGGACAUUUACAGGCGUGAUUACAUAUAGACACAUCGGAUAAAUACAGAUUAUAUUUAGACAAGACUCGCGUCGAAAUAAUAUUUGUAAUAUUUUCUUUAUAUAUAUAUAUAUAUAUAUAUAUAUAUAUAUAUAUAUAUAUAUAUAUAUAUAUAUGUAUAUAUAUAUAUGUAUAUAUAUAUAUAUAUAUAUACAUACAUAAUGUAAUAAAAGAUAUGUUCUGUAAGUAUGUCAUUGACAAGAAUAAAGUGAUGUCUUCCCAUGUACAGAUCGUCAAUCUUUAUAAGAAACUUUAUGAUACAUCCGACAGAUUGUAACUCUGUAAUUAUUAUUUUAUCACGUAAUCGUAUUGCGAAACUUCUAGUUUUCUUUCGUGAUAUACAAUUCUUUUGUAACAUUAUCGUGACCAAACGCACAAUUCUUAUAUAUAUAUAAUUCUAUAUAUAUAUAUAUAUAUUUUAUAUUAAAAAUGCAAUAUAUCAUUCGUACAUCUAUUGUUCCGACUCAGGUGUAACGGUUUCUCUCUCUCUUUCUUUCUCUCUCUCUCUCUCUCUCUCUUUCUCUUUCUCUCUCUCUUUCUCACUCUUUCUCACUCACUCACUCACUCACUCACUCAUUCAUUCAUUGUUUCUUUCAUGAAUACUAUCACAAUUUAAUUUUAAUAAUAAAUGCGUUUCAAACGUAUUAUAACUCGUAAAAAAGGAAGACCGUGACCAUACUUCUUGUAUAAUAGUCAUAACAUUGAUAAGUUUUGUUAAUUGUAAUUAUUUUAUAAAGUGUAGAUUAUAUAGAUACGUAGAAUGCUUUAUUUUUGAAUAAUAGUGUGCGAUAAUCUUAGCUAUAUAAAAUGUUAAAAUCUCGUCAGAAUAUUAUGUUCAGCAAUUCUUUACUCUUUUUGUAUAUAUUCAUGUAAACAAUAGAACUCUUUUAUAAUUACUAAAUUUUUAAAUAUGUCUGAUAUCCUCGUAACGAUAUGUAUACUUAUCUAAAUUAUAUACAUCAAUUUAUAAAAGUAAAAAUAUAUUUCGUAUUUUAUAAUAUUAGCGUAAAAAUUAAUUACGUCCCGUUCAGAUCAAUUAUUGAUCUUUUAUUAUUGAAGAAAUAUUCCAUUGGUAAAGGAAAAAAAAAAACGUGUAAAGAGUCAGAUAUAUAAACAUCAUCGUACAUAUAUAUAUAUAUAUAUAUAUAUAUAUAUAUAUAUAUAUAUAUAUGUAGACGUAAAAUGUUUAAUUUUUUACUUUGAGUAUCUCUGAAUAUAGCUUAAAUUGACUUUGUUUUACUUAUCACUUAUCAUCGCUUUCUGUAUGUACGUAUGUAUGUUAAAAUGGUUGGUUAUUUGAAUGAGCAAAUUAAAUAAAUGGAAUGUUAAUGUCUUUACGUAGUAAUAAGUGAAUAUGGAUCUAGAAGAAUUCGCGAGCCUUCAACUGGAUAAGCCCUUGCCUGAUACACGGGACGAAGAGCAAUUGAAAAAACAUUCUCUAGACAUUAAAUUAGAAGAGAAGCCUAUAGAAAGGGCACUUCAUCUUCUUACGAAAGGAGAAGAAAUCCAAAAACUUAGCGUUAUACAAAAUUUACCAAAUCUUUUAGCUACAGACGCGCAGUCAUGUAUGUCAAGGGUAGUUCCCAAAAUGCAGCAAAUUCUUCCUACUGCUUCUACAGAGUGUCAUAUUGCUGCUUCAUCAACAUUCAAAACUAUAUUAGAACGAAAGCUUAUCAGCCAUAGUAUCUUUAGUCAAACAUUCCUACCAAGUAUAUUAAACUCACUUGAAAGUCAUGAUCCAGUGAUAUGUCAUGCAUGGCUGGAGACCUUAUUGGAUGUGAUAGAGUUAAUGCCAAUAGAAGUCAUAAAAACACAGAUUCUUCCAAUGGCCAUAAGUAAAGGACAACUGUCACAACCAGUUUACUCUAGGAUGAUGUGUAGCAGACUAUUAGGAAAAAUUUGUGCAAGAUUUAAUUCCGAUAUGAUACAUAAAGAAGUUCUACCAACAGUACAGUCCCUUUGUCAAGAUGUGAAUAGUGAAGUACGAGCUAGUAUUUGUUUACAACUACGUUUUGUUGCUGAGGGUCUUGGUACUGAGUCUUUAAAACCUUUUUUGCUACCAUCUCUUGUAGAAUUAGCAAGGGAUGAGGAAAGCAAUGUACGGUACGCAUCUGUACAGACAAUAGUAUACCUGCUACCUCAUUUUCAAGAUGAUACAAUAAAAACCAUCAUAGGUCCACUUAUCAAAAAAUUAUGUGAAAGUGCUACUAAAUUAGAAGAUAACGUGAUAUGUAUAAUUGCUCAGGAAUUUGGAAAGCUUGUUCUUGGUUUAGAAAAAUAUCUAUCACCUGCAGAAAAGUCAUGGUUCUUGAAGUAUUUUCAACAACUUGCACAAAUGGGUAUUCCAUCUAUGAGGAAACAAAUUAAACCAGAACUUCCUCUACUUGAUAGUAAUUCUAUUGAUUAUGAAAGAUGCUUGGAAUGUCGACGAUGUUGCGCAUUUAAUCUACCUGCUAUGUUCAUCUUUACAUCAGCUUCUUUAGAAGACGUAGAUUCUUUACUUUCUACUUUUAGUGCUUUAACCAAUGAUUCUUAUUAUAUAAUUAGAAGAACAGUUGCAAGUGGAAUCCACGAAGUUGCGAAAAUAUUAGGAAUGAAAAGUGGCAGAAUCAAAGCUGAUUUCGUAAAAUUGCUAAAGGAUGAUCCUGAGGAAGUAUUACAAAAAUUAGUUCCGAACAUAUCAUCAACACUUGAAUCUUUAGUAGAAAGUCAAAUUAUUGGAACAGAUAAAAUGGAUUCUACUUUAAUGGAAAUAGGCAGAGCUUUGUUGAAAUGUGAAGCAGAAAUUGCAUCCACAAAUAACUGGAGACUGGCUUCUACUAUGCAUGCACAACUUGAAAUAUUGCCCAAAUGUUUUCCCAGUGACUUUAUAUUUUCUUAUUUUGUACCAGUGAGUUCAUCUAGAAUCUUACAUGCAAGGCCAUUACCAGUGCGUCUUGCCGCCGGAAGAUCGCUUCUUGUCUUUCUACGGUACAAUACUAAGCUUAUGCAAAGAACAGAACUUAGAAACAGAAUCAAUGUUGAACUAGCUAAUAAUCCCGAUUGUUAUGUGAGAAUGAUGUUCGUCCGUAUGAUGGUAGAAGCAUUGGCUAUGUAUUCUUCUACCUAUUUUAAAGAGCACUUUUUUACUAUAUUAUUAAAUCUUACUGAGGAUUCUGUAGCUAACAUCAGAUUAAAAGUAGUGUCUUUAUUACCCAUUUUAAAAAGUCAACUUUGGAUACCUGCAGAUAAAAAAUUAUUGACAGCAUUGGAAGCAACAGUCAGACAUUUACUGACCAAUGAAAAGGAUAAAGAUGUAAUAGCUACGUUAACGAGUGUCGUUCAGAAGUUAGAACAAACGGAUGUCAGAUAUGAAAGGCAGAGUGUUGCAAAUAAAAUAACUAAGCAAGAUUUAGAGGAUGCUAAAAAAUUAGAUGAAGAAAAGAAACUAUUGAGUUUAAGCAUUGGAAAGUCUCCUACUUCUGCUGGAACAACUUCGAAAAAAACUAUCAGUCCUCCUGUACGAGGACGAGUAAUAGAAGGAACAACAAAAACUUUACCACACCCUCGAACGAAAGUAGAGCAGUCUCCGCAAUCAGUUAAAGUACAUAGUGUAACUAAAUCACCACCUGUGAAACAUAUUACAACUCCUCGAACGGAAGCUUUAAAAAACAGUAUUUCUAGCAGCAACUUAACAAGAGAUUGGUCUAACAAAAUCCACCUGAUACAGUAUCUGGAAAGAAUGGGUCAAUCCUCUUCAACCAUUAAUGUAUCCUCUUCAUUUAGAUGGCCACAUAUGUGUGAUCUUGAAUAUAAGGGAUUUACAUCUCAUUCUACAUGUUAUAAUAUAGAUCCACAAUACUUGUAUCCUAGAAGUAAACUAAAACAAGAUAUUCUAAAAAGUAUCCUACCAACAGAUCCUUACUCGCAAAAAGCUUCUACUAACAUUGUUGUCGGUGAUAAAACACCAACCAUUGCAAACUUUCCCAUGAAUUAUAACAACUCUUGUUGGGCUUCUAGUUCUGUGCAUGAGAUACCUGUAACACUGUCAGACAACGAGUUCCUAGUGGAUGCAGGUAUUAGAAUACCAAAACUUUCUUCACCCAAAAAUACACCAAAGUGUCCAGUGGAAAACUUAAAAAUAGCCAUUACAAGAAUGAAAAGAGAGACCGAUGGGGAACAAUCUUGGAGAAGCAGUGCAAGUUAUAAAGGAAUAGAACCUAAAAGACAUUCUUCCAUUGAAUAUGAGGACCAUACCAAAACAAUUGCAAAUAUGACUGAUCAAUUGAAAACUAUACGUUCUAUGGAUUAUGUAGAAGGUUUAAGACAUCGAAAUAUGUUAAAGGAAAAUUCGAAUGAGCAAUCGAUAGUUAAUUCAGAAUCAAAAACUGAAAGAUAUUCAGUAUUCCGUCGUAAAUUAAAAUUUGGAUUUGAUGCGAAUCAAGGAAGAUCUAUAGAUGACAAAGUUAAGAGAAAUUCUUUAAUAUUAGAUAAAGAUAAAACAAAAAUUACCCAACCAAAAUGUACAAUAGAAAGUCUUAAACGACAUUCUAUGAAUUCUAGUUUGAAACACCCAGACUAUUCUAAGGAUUCUAAACAAAAGUUCAAACGACAUAGUUUAGAUAUGACAGAUUAUUUUGGUCGAAACUUAAGACGAUAUUCAACUUUGGAUGUAAAUCAUAAUCAAGGAGUUAGUAAAAUUCCCCUAAGAGGUGUUGUAUCAGGUAGUAGAACAGCACCAACUACUAGGGCUUCCAGUCCUGUUUGUUUAGGAUCUAUAAUCAGGUUUAAUAGUGAAGAGAUCGAAGAUGUCCCAAGUUCUACUACCGAACGGCAUUUAACAAGAAGUUUAAGUAAUGAACAGCUCAAUAAAAUACGUCGUAUACUUGUACUUUCACGUAAUACACUAGUUAAUACAGCUGGAACUCCAAGAAGUAGAGAUAGUAAAUUACCUGUACGUUUACUAAAGAAAAAAAUUUGAAAAAUAUUACGUAAUUGGGGCCCUCAAAUGCAUUUAAUAUAAUGCACAAAAAUUUCUACAUACUGAUCCAAUUUUCACAAAAAUAUUGAAUCAAAAUAACUAUUUAAAUAAGAUAUAAUUCAUACUAAAUUUCAUUUCAAGAAAAGAUAGUUUUAACUAUAAUUUUAUGCAAAUUCCAUAGGCAUCAAUAUUUACUUUAUAAUGAAUGCACACAUCUCUCGCAGUACUAAUUUUUAUAAAUCGUAUAACGAUUUAUUUAAAAAAAGAACAAAAAUCUACAUAUCCAAUAUGUAUUAUUUUUCAUUAUUUCUGAUGAUUAUUGAUGACAAGCAUGCGUAUUCGCAUCUAGAAACAUAGAAUGAAAAGAUUCUAUUUCUGCAAAUAAUAGUAUAUUUCUAAAAUUCAGCAUAAUGCUUUCAUAAGCAA